AUGGCUCCGCGACUGAGCAAACGUCAGCAGCGGGAGCAAGAAGAGCUUGUUGCACUUGCUAGCAGUAGACCCGAGCUCACACGAUCCGAUUCACACGUAUCCACCGAUGACCAACCCGUAGUUGCACCUGCCACAAAAUCUGGCUUCGCUGCGCUCUUCGCACCAGACGACGAGCCAGAGUCACCGGAUGAAGGCAACGAGGAAAACGUCCCAGUGUCUAGCAAGUCGCGCAAGCCAAAGAAGAAAAGAAAGAAGGCCACAAAGCCCAAUGCUUCCACCGAUAACCAGCUACCGGACAAGUCAGGCGCUUCCUCGUCACAUCUGGCAGUGAAGUCUAAACCCGCAACCGCAAAAAAGAAUAAAGGCAAGAAAAAGGACGAUAUCGAUGAUGUCGACAAAGCAUUGGCAGAAUUGUCUGUCAGAUACCCAGACCUCAAGAGCAUAUCAAAUGCCCCUAGUGAUGAACGGACCAGUGCUCUUGCGAGUCUCCUAUCAGUUUCAUUAGCCCAUCUUGACGCAGAGUCGGAACUCCGUAAAUUUUUCGGCUCAAGAGCAGUCACGGCGGCCGAGUCUUCUGGAUCAGGACAUUCUCAAUCUCAUAGACGACGACGCGGGAUGCCUUCUAGCGCGUUGCGCGCGCAGCUCACACGUCCGGAUCGAUCCUGGUCUCUCACGAAGCCGCGCGAAGGACUCUCGCUGCGUCCUCUCACGGAGGCGGAAACAGCCGGAAAAACCAGGCGAGGUCCUGCGUAUUCGGGUAAAUGGUGGACCGUAGAAUACACAAGGCGCUAUAAGGGUGCAACUAGAGACUUCAUUCGUGCCGUGAGGAGUGGAGCCCCUGAUGCAAUGUGGGGAGUUUUGCAUACCAUGCCUUGGCAGGCAGAUACAUUGUUACAACUUGGAGAAAUUUAUAGACACCGUGAGGAGUACAGCACCGCGGUGGAACACGUCUCGCGAGCCAUAUUCGCUUAUGAGCGUGCAUUCCUUGGCACUUUUAGCUUCACAACUGGGGUCAACAGGCUUGACUUCGACUUCGUUGAAAAUCGACCCUUCUUCCUAGCCAUCCACCAGCAGGUCAUCGAUCUUCAACGUCGUGGCUGCCCACGCGCCGCUUUUGAGCAUGCCCGUCUCCUGUUCUCGCUUGAACCCUUGACCGAUCCGCAUGGGGCGCUUUUACAUCUCGAUUUCCUUUCAGUCAAAGCUGGCAUAGGUGACUGGCUGUUGGAUGUUUGGAAGGUUUACCAGUCCCGCCAUGGCGCCAUCGAAGAAGCGACAGAGUAUAUGGACCCCGGCGUGCUUCCGGGGUGGGUUUACGCAAGAGCACUACUUUUGAGAAUGGAAGAGAAAGUCAAGCGCGAUCGCGGCGAGGAAGAAAGCACUGAAAUUCUCAAGCAGGCCAUAUCUGCCUAUCCCUCUGUGGUGCCGCUACUAGCUGACAAAUGUGAAAUAUCCCUUUCGGUGGACAUUCGAUCACACAAAGAGUUUCGUAUACGCACAGACAAUCUUGGUCUGAGUGCUGCAGAAAGUGUCCUCCAUCUCCUUACACAUAUCUAUGCUAUUCGGUCCGCAUCUUUGUGGAAAUUGCCUGACCUCAGCUCUUGGCUAGCGUCGACAACAUCAAGUCUCCUGCCUAACCUUUCUUCCAAGCGUGCUCAUCCUUUCCGCGAACGGUUUCUCCGCAUUUUUAACUCCGAUCACCUUCGUUACUCUGUCUACCGACAUAUCAUCGUGCUUCAACAAACUCACGCACAAGAGCAAUAUCGCAUUCUCACGGCUUUUAUCCCGCGAGGAGUGUUGACUUCGCAUGAAUACGCGUGCGACCCAUUGCCCCCGCCAACCGCAAGGAGUUCCUAUGACGCGAAGUUCUUUGAAGGGGCUGAAGAUCUUGCUUCACCGAGAAGUUCUUACCGACGCACACGUGCCGAAGAGCGCCAACUCGAACGCCUUGUCCCUGAUGCAGCAGUCCGUGAGCAGUUGAUGGCUCUCUUCGAACGGCUCCCAGGUCUUGCGGCACAUGCGCCCGGUGGAGUGGUGCAGUUUGUACAGGCUCUGGCCCAAAUGGGUGAUGAGGCUAUUGACGAGCUGUUGAUGGGAGGCCUGAUGGCACAAGAGGAUCCUGCACCUGAAGCGGAACAACAGCAUCUAGGAGCGAUGCCUGGGGGCAUGCCUGACGAUGAUGACGGGGUGGAUGAUAUUGUACCGGUGGGCCCCGCUCACGAGUUCGAAGCUACGGACGAGGUCGCGAAUGUGGACGACGACGCAGAUGAAGCGGAGGCUGCUCCACUUCCUUUGCGUGUCGUACGUAACCUACUCAGUAGGCUUUGGGGAGGCACAGGCGAGGCACAGGAAUCGUCUGAUGAUGACGCCGAAUCGGUGGUUCGUGAUGACGAUGGUGUUGACUAGUUGUGCAAUGUUGCAGUGGCGGUACCAGGUCUUUACAGGCAACCAUUGCAUUUAAUCGAUGUUCCCUUCUCCGGAACAUGCUUUGCCCGCGUUGCCGUUUCGACAUCGAUUGGAGAUGAGAUAAGGUAUGUUUUUAUACUGAUUGCUGCGCGGGCAGAACCGGACCCAGUUUCGGUGGGCUUAUCCUCUGUGUACGUGCGUAAACGUUAGGCCGGGUAGGGGAAUGCAAUUUGCAAACUUCCUGAGUGUUAU